AUGGUUGAGAAAUCAAGUACGAUCGAAGAACAAGCCGCCGUGUCUCCCGAGGAACAGCCUUUGUUGACAGGGACUUCACCUGCCGGAAGUCCCCAGUUUGAUGAGGUGAUCGCCGCACGACAUGCGUACGCUUUAUACAAACAGACGUGGGACCUAGCCCAUCUUGAAACCACCAUAGUUCUAUUUCAACGAGUGGUUGAUGCUACACCUGUACCGACGGCAUACGUGCUAGGCUGGUUGGGACAUUGUCUAGGUCUUCACUAUGAAGCCCGAGGAAACAUUGACGACCUUCAACAUGCCGUUGUAGUAGAGCAAAAGGCUCUCCAGCUUACUCGAGAAGGACACCCUGACAGGGCUUUGCGUCUGCACAACCUCAGUAUUUCAUUGCGAAUGCGCUUUGAAUCUCUCGGUGCGCUCGAUGACCUUCGAAUUGCCAUCCAAAUACAACGAGACGCAGUCGAGCUCACCCCGAGUGAUAAUCCCGACCUACCAGUGCGCCUUGAUAACCUCGGGAGUCUACAGUGGCUGCGUUCUCGACGCUUUGGAAAGCUUGAAGAUCUCGAGACCGCAAUUGCAAGUCAGCAGCGUGCAACCGAAUUGACUCCCGACAACCAUCCCGACAAGGCGACCCGGUUGCACAACCUCGCAUCGUCCUUGCGUAGUCGCUUCGAGCGUCUCGACGACCCCGCCGACCUCGAGCGGGCCAUCGCGAUUCAACGCCGCGCGAUUGAACUUACCCCGAACGGCCAUCCUGACUUGCCAGUGCGCCUCGACAACCUUGGCUCAUCUCAGCGGCUUCGCUAUCGACGCUUCGGAGAGCUCGAAGACCUAGAGAGCGCCAUUGCGGCUCACAAUCGUGCGACCGAGCUUACUCCCGAUGAUCAUCUCGAUGUAGCGUCUCGGCUGCACAACCUCGCAUCAUCCUUGCAUCAUCGCUUCGAGCGUCUCGACGACCCCGCCGACCUUGAUCGCGCCAUCACAAUUCAAUGCCGCGCAGCCGAACUUAGUCCGGACGACCAUCCUAACUUACCUGCGCGCCUGAAUAAUCUCGGCUCCUUCCAGCGGCUUUAUUUUCGACGCUUCGGCAGGCUCGAAGAUUUGGAGAGCGCCAUUGCGAGUCAGCAGCGUGCAAGCGAGCUGACUCCGAAUGGCCAUCCCGAUGAGGCGUCCAGGCUGCACAACCUCGCAUCGUCCCUGCGCAGUCGGUUCGAGCGCCUCGACGACCCCGCCGACCUCGAGCGGGCUAUCGCAAUCCAACGCCGCGUGAUUGAACUUACCCCAGACGACCUUCCCGCCCUUCCAGUGCGCCUCGAUAGCCUCAGCUCUAUCCAGCGUCUUCGUUUUCGACGCUUCGGAAUGCUAGAAGAUCUCGAGAGCGCAAUUGCAAGUCAACAACGCGCAACCGAGCUAACUCCGCAUGGUCAUCCUGACAGAGCGACCAGGCUGCACAACUUUGCGUUGUCCUUGAGCAGUCGCUUCGAGCGUCUCGACGACACCGCCGACCUUGAACGCGCCAUCACGAUUCAACGCUGCGCGGUGGAGCUAACUCCGGACACCCAUCCGGACUUGUCGGUGCGCCUCGAAAACCUCGGCGGCUAUCACCAGCUUCGGUUUCGGCGCUUCGGAGAGCUCGAAGAUAUUGAACGUGCCAUUGCAGAGUUGAAACGAGCCGUGAAGCUUUCCGCGGACGGCCACCCCGAAAAGGCCAUCCUAUUACACAAUUUGGCGCUCUCUCUGGUAGUUGACUUCUGCCGAGAAAGGACGGUAGACCGGUUUGCCGAAGCUCUUUCCUGUUUUAUGUCUGCGAGCUCUCAGUCACUGGUCUCGCCAGCAAAACAUCUUCAAAUAGCCAACCAUACUAUAAAGCUUCUCAAUGAUAACCCUGAGUUCGGUACAGCUGAGAUGCUGCUACUCGCUCACUCUCGCGUCCUCGAUGUUCUCUCCGAGGUUGUCUGGCUUGGACAUACCAUGAAACGGCGCCUAGAAGAGUCUCAACAACUUGGACAACUUGUCAGUUCUGCUGUGUGUGCUGCCGUCGGCGUCGAUGCUUUGGCACAAGCCGUAGAGUGGCUGGAUGCGGGAAGAGCCCUGAUCUGGGCGCAGACGAUGUCAUUGCGUAGCCCCCUUCACGAGCUCGGGCAAGUCCGUCCAGAUCUCGCACGUACUCUCGCGGACGUGCAAGUUCAACUGCAGAACUCUAUCAAUGCAACUUCUCGCAGCGACGUUGCUGAAUGGAUAGAUGCAAUCCCUGGCGCAGGUGCACACAGUUACACAUCAGAUCGCCAUCGAAGGCUUGCCAUCGAAUAUAGUAAGCUUCUCGCAGAAGUCCAUCUCCUACCUGGCUUCGAGAGCUUCUUACUUCCGAAGAAGCUCUCCGCUCUGUUGCCGUCAACUACACCUUUGUGCGGCUCGUUGGUCUUUAUCAAUGCUAAUGGCGCUCGGUGUGAUGCAUUGCUUCUCCUUCCCAAUGGAUGUAUCACCGCUCACACUUUGCCGGAGCUCUCUCUUGCCAAGGCAGAGACGCUACGUGCACGGUGGCAAGCAUAUUUGAUGCAGCAAGACAUUCGCGAGCGCGGCAUUUGCGCGCAAUGUCAGUAUCGGUCUGACAGUACAUCGUCUCCUCACGACAUCCUGAACCGUCUUUGGAGAUGGAUUGUGGGCCCGGUGUUGAAAGCACUUGGCGUGGAUAUUGUGGACGCAGAUGCUGACCGCCUUCCCCACAUCACCUGGUGUCCCACCGGACCCUUAACGCAGUUGCCGCUGCACGCUGCGGGUAUCUACGACGAUAUUCCAGGGCCUCGCGUCUACGACUUUGUAGUCUCCUCGUACACGCCGUCGCUCUCGGCCAUGACGCGCAGCAUCGACGCCUUCACGCAGCAGCACACAGCGCCUGGUAUCCUCGUAGUCACGCAGCCCGACACGCCUGGUACAGCGCCUCUCCCGGGAACAAGGCACGAGGGAGCGCGGCUGCACAGCGUCUUCGCAGCCUCACAGAUACCUUCCACAGCUCUAAACGGAGGCGAGGCGACGGCGAAUGCUGUGAAGCUUGCGCUCAGAGAGCACUCCUGGUUGCAUCUCGCCUGCCAUGGCCGUCAAGAGAUGAACGAUCCCUUGAAGAGCGCUUUCGCGCUGUACGAUGGCCCACUGUCGUUAUCGGAUCUGAUGGUGACCACGGCCGAUAACGCCGAGCUCGCUUUCCUCUCCGCCUGCCAGACCGCCGUCGGGGACGAGAAGAUCCCCGAGGAGUCGAUGCACCUCGCAGCAGGUAUGCUCGCCGUGGGUUACAAAGGCGUCAUCGCGACGAUGUGGUCGAUCCGUGAUAACGAUGCGCCGUUGAUCGUCGAGGCGUACUACAAGAGGCUGCUCGACAUCCGCGGGGCCGGGACACUUGGCGCAGGAGAGACGGGCGCGGCAUACGCUCUGCACGAGGCAGCAGCGCAGUUGAGGGAGAGGGUUGGAGAGAGGGAAUUCUUGCGGUGGGCGCCGUUCGUGCACUUUGGGAUAUAA